CCGCUGAAUUCGUGGUUGUCGCGUUUUGUACAUAAUUUUUUUCGUCGUCAAACGUUUAUGGUGUUUUAUCGCGAGUUAUGGAAAUUAAAAGAUUUUUUAAUAAAAGUUGUUGAAUAGGAAUUGUAUAGUGUGUGAGAAAAACUGCAAAUCAUAAUGGAUGAAGUAUGUUUUGUAGAAUAUCAGCAGCAAACUUCGGCGGCGAAGAAAAUUGGUAAACAGCAUAAUACUCUACCGCUAUGGGGAAAUGAAGCGACCAUGAACCUUAAUCCCCUUAUUCUUGCGAACAUACAGGGCUCUAGCUAUUUCAAAGUUCAUCUAUUCAAACUUAAAACUUAUCAUGAAGUUGUAGACGAGAUUUAUUACCAAGUAAAACACAUGGAGCCCUGGGAACGAGGAUCACGAAAAACGUCUGGACAAACUGGCAUGUGUGGCGGAGUGCGAGGAGUGGGCGCUGGCGGCAUAGUAUCAACGGCUUACUGUUUAUUGUAUAAAUUGUACACACUUAGGCUGACAAGAAAGCAGGUUAACGGACUUCUAAACCACACAGAUUCACCCUAUAUAAGGGCUCUAGGUUUUAUGUACCUUAGAUAUACUCAACCGCCAGCUGAUCUGUACGAUUGGUAUGAAGAUUAUUUUCAAGAUGAAGAGGAAAUAGAUGUAAAGGCUGGCGGUGGGCAGACUAUAACUAUCGGGCAAAUGGUGUACCAAUUUCUGACCAAGCUCGAUUGGUUUUCUACAUUAUUUCCCCGUAUACCUGUCCCUAUACAAAAGCAAAUAGAAAAAAAGUUGGAGGAAUAUUGUCGCAAGAAUAAUAUAAGUCAGCAGCAAUUGAGUUCAGCUAGAAAUUCGACAUCCAAUAGUGCAGGCGCAAAUUAUGAAUAUGAUGACGUAGCUUAUGAUCGCAGAAGUGGUGGUGCAGGUAGCAGUCGGAGCAGACUUCCCGCAGCGGGUAGUGGAAAUUAUCGUGAUGAACACGAUGACCGGGAUAACUACUCUAACAGAAGACGUGAAGAGUCACCUUCAAAUACAUACCACAGCAGCAGGGAUCGUGAUCACUACCGAGAGAAGCACAAGAAGAAACAUAAGCGCAAGCAGCAUUCUAGAAGUAGAAGUCGUAGUCGAAGUCGGAGUCGAACUGAGCGGAAAAAAGAUUUGGAGUGUGAUAGGGACCGCGAACGUGAACGUGAACGAAAUAGACCUAAGGAGAGAGAUUACGAACGUCGUGGUCGUGACUAUGAGGACCGUCGAUAUCGAUAAAAUAUUUAUUAAAGCAUAUAUGUAACAAUAAACACAGGCACAAAGGAAACCCGGAAUAAAAAAGAAGUGGGAAAUAAUAUGAUUUUCCUAUACCCUAUAGCCCGAAAAACAUUGCAUAUAACAUUUCCAUUUUAUAAGCCAUUGUUGAACUCAGGACGUCUGUUGUCUUAUACUUUCUUUAUAUUGCAUACAGCAAAAAUAUAUGUUGGUUUAAAUGUUACAAUAGUUACUGAAAUUGUUUUGCUUAAUACUAAAGAUGAUUUAAUAAAUACGUAAAUAGCCCGAUGAGGUAAAUGCAA